GUGCGCGAGCGCCGUCAGCGCGCGCCCGGGCCAGUGACAGCAUCGGGGAUGGAUUGUGGCUCCGUCUCCGGAGAGGGUCCGAAGCGCCUGACGGACCGCCGGCGGCUUCUGCUGUUCUUACUCGCUGGCCGCCACCGAAGCUUGAGCGGCCGCGGCGUUCGGUCACGCCGCUGCCUGUCCGCACUCCCGGAAGGUCGAGGGGCGCUGGGCCCUCGCGCCCCGGCGGCCCGCGGCGCUUCCCGUGCCUCCGCGCUGCUCCUGCUGGUGCUGGUGCCCUCCCCGCGCUUGGCUGCCGCCGCUCCGCGCCGAUCACUAGGAGAGUGGGAACGCUCGCGCCCGGGAACCUCGGCUCCCCGAUCCGGUCGCUGCGGCGACGGUGUCGCCGCGUGGAGGGGCCAGCUGGGUCCCGCCCUGGGCGUCGCCGGUGCCGCCCGCCCCCUCCACCUGUGCCACGCCCGGGUCCCCGCCCUCGCUUCCUCCAGGAGAGAGCUAAGCCUCUCUGCUGGCUGCCCACAGCUGGAGCGCAGACGCGGAGAUUUCACCUCUUCUGGGAACAGGAAGCUCUACUUUGACACCCAUGCCUUAGUGUGUUUACUCGAAGGAAAUGGUUUUACGACUCAACAAGCAGAAAUCAUUGUAUCUGCAUUGGUCAAGAUCACGGAGGCCAACAUGGAUAUUAUCUACAAAGACAUGGUCACCAAGAUGCAACAGGAGAUCACUCUUCAGCAAAUAAUGUCUCAGAUUGCUAGUGUGAAAAAAGAUAUGAUUAUUUUGGAGAAGAGUGAGUUUUCAGCCCUCAGAGCAGAAAAUGAGAAAGUAAAGCUUGAACUACAUCGGUUAAAACAACAAGUAAUGGAUGAAGUCGUCAAAGUCCGAACAGAUUCCAAAUUAGACUUCAAUCUAGAAAAGAGCAGAGUAAAAGAAUUGUAUUCAUUGAACGAAAGGAAGCUGCUGGAAAUGAGGACAGAAAUGGUGGCAUUGCACGCGCAACAAGAUCGGGCCGUCACACAGACGGACAGGAAGAUAGACACCGAGGUCGCUGGCCUCAAAACCAUGCUCGAGUCCCACAAGCUUGAUAAUAUUAAAUAUUUAGCAGGGUCUGUAUUUACAUGCCUAACAGUAGCUCUGGGAUUUUACCGCCUGUGGAUAUAAUAAAGUGUCUAUUUAAGGAGAUCUCUAUUAUAGUUUUGCCUUAAGAAUACCAGAUUAUUGUGCUUGCUUUUUUUUCUCCCAUUUCAACUUUUAACCCUGAUUUUCGUUUAGUGCAUAUUAUUUAUUUUAUACAAAUUAUGGACCUAUAACCGAGGCAAAGAAGUCAGAAAUGUCAUAAUUACUCCUUUGAUUUUUUCUGUUUGGUUGACUUUAUAAUGCUGAGUGGUGGUGGACAAAGCGUGGAAGACUCCACUCAGCUGGAUCCGUGAUCUUGGCCUCGUGUGGGACAUACGAUCAGUAACUAUUUGUAUAACUACAAUUUUAAAUCUUUUGUCACGUAGGGGUUUUGGGGUCUCCACAUAAAAGGCACAUUGGCUUUACUUAGUCCUGAAGAAUCACUGAAACUAAACCAGGAGCACCAAAUCCUCUUUACCUCCUACUCCAGUUCUUACUUACCAUCAGUCAUCUCCUAUGUUGCAGUGCUGUGUCUCAGCUUUAUCUGGUUUGUAUGUUAAUAUUACAGGUGUACUCUACAUCCAAAGGAGUUUUUCUAUUUUAAUUUCCAUUGUCUUUGUAAGUUGCUGUUACGGUUAUUUUUUAUGUGCCUUCCAGCUACAAAAUCUUGUUGCCUAAUGAAGUGUUGUAAUGGGGAUUCUUGUACCUCUAGGUUUCUUUUCUUCCCUCUCACUUGGUCCUUCUUCCUCUCCCUCAUAAUUUGAGUUAUAAUAAUACUCCACUUGUGGCAUUGCCUGCCUAGAAAACUUGGUAUUUCUUGGUGUAGGCAGCUACUACAGUUUGUGGGGUGGGGUUUACUUCCUCUGGUCUUCCGCUCUAUACACAGGGAGCUAGACAGUCUGUUUUCCUUCUGUAGCAACAUCUAGAUAUUUAGGUAGUGUAUGCACUUUUUAGAAAUGUCUUUAAUGAAUAUGCUUUUGCCCAUUACAAGCUCAUAUUGUAGGCUUUCAAAACUAGAGAACUGUCAUGCCAGGUAUCAUCUGCAUUUAGGUUGAUUUCUUUGGUUGUUAAAGAUAUUCUCAUUCUUACCUUACUUCUAUAUUUAAAACAAAUUCCUAGAUGCAACUGGGGUUACAUUGGAAAAGCACCUUCUCAUCUUAUUUAAGUGGUUGACCCAUAGGAGAAAAUAAUCAUUUUAGAAAAGAUGACAUUAAUAGAACCUUUUCUGUCUUUCUCCACAUGUCCACAUUUGUACAUACUCUGGUACAGUGGAGAAACCACACAGAGACUUCCUGAUCAAACUGAUGGAAUAAAUACCCACUGUCACUGUUCCAACCAUACUGGCAAAAGAAAAGUUGCCUUUUGUCCUGUGGGUGUCACUUCUAAAUUUUGGAAAGUGUGCGUCUGUCUUUUUGAAAAACUUUUAUGUAGCAUAAAGGUUCUGAAUUUCAAGUAAGUAUGAAAAUCAAGUACUUUUGCAUUAGUGGUAUCAGUUUCAAAGUGAAUAAUCUUUUUCAACUAGAUCCAAAAUUAACUGCCUCGUAAAAUAUUUUAUUGAUAUAUUCUUCCCCUUUCAGAGAAGGAUCCCCAGAAAAUACUGCACAUUUAGCCACUGCCUUAAGUACUAAAGACUUAAGUAAAUGGCAUCCCAUUAAGACCACAUUUGCAACUACUUAAUGCAGAUAUAACUUUGGUUAGUAGA